AACUAAAAAAACAAAACCAAAACAAAACGCAGUUGUUUCAACAAUCCUCCUCCUCCUCCUCCUCCUCCCCUCUCUCUCCCUCUCUCUCUGUUGCUGGUUAUUUCUCUGAAGAAUCAAUCAUUCUAUAAGGGGCAUUUCCCAUUUCUUCAAUCCACUGUUUUCCUUUUUCAGGUCACUGUCCUGAUUACUUGAAAAUAACCGGCAUCACUCGUUGCAUGAUUGUAAGUUAUUAGUGGAGCAAUGAAUCACCGUCCUAUGGAGCUUGGGAGGCCUGCCUCAGGUAAAAGAAGAUUAAAAGAUUUAUUGAUCCAAAAAGAUAAUCGCAAUUGUGCUGAUUGUGGUGCAACAGAUCCUAAAUGGGCGUCAGCAAACAUUGGAGUUUUUAUAUGCUUAAAAUGUUGUGGUGUGCACAGGAGUCUUGGUACUCAUAUAUCAAAGGUUUUGUCAGUGACCCUAGAUGAAUGGUCUGAUGAUGAAAUUGAUGCAAUGAUAGAAGUUGGAGGAAACUCUUCUGCAAAUUCAAUUUACGAGGCUUUUAUUCCUGUGGGAGUUUCAAAGCCUGGACCAGAUGCCGGUCAUGAGGAACGUUCAAAAUUCAUCCGGUCAAAGUAUGAGCUUCAAGAUUUUCUGAAACCUAGCUUACGGAUUAACUCAGGUCCUUCUAGAAAGAACUCUCUCCAGAGCACUCUCCAAUCAAAUAGUUUUUCUAGAAAGAUUAUCGAUAGUUUCCGUUCAAAUUCUUCAGAGAAAUCGCAGGAAGGCAUGGUAGAAUUUAUUGGUUUAUUGAAGGUAAAGGUGAUUAGAGGCACAAAUUUAGCUAUUCGAGAUAUGAUGACAAGCGAUCCUUAUGUCAUCCUGACUCUUGGGCAGCAGACUCUUCGGACGACUGUAAUAAAGAGUAACUUGAAUCCUGUCUGGAAUGAGGAACUCAUGCUGUCUGUACCUGAGCAAUUUGGACCUUUGCAGUUGCAGGUGUUUGAUUAUGACACGUUCUCGGCUGAUGACAUAAUGGGAGAAGCAGAGGUUGAUCUUCAGCCUUUGAUAACAUCUGCAAUGGCGUUCGGGGAUGCAGGAAUGUUUGGCAACAUGCAAAUCGGAAAAUGGCUGAAGUCGAAUGACAAUGCCCUCAUAGACGAUAGCACAGUUAAUAUUAUCGACGGGAAGGUAAAACAGGAGCUGUCUCUCAAGCUGCAGAAUGUUGAGUGUGGAGAAUUAGAUUUAGAACUAGAGUGGAUGCCCCUUGAGCAAUAGGUAAAUAAUUCAAUUAUUUUUUGUUCAUGGUAUUCAAUAAAAACCUGUCGUUUUUGGUAAGAAAGACAAUGAGUGCUUGAAGCUAACAGAAGACUUGGCGCAAAACCGAACGCAGUGGCGUUCUAGGAUCAGCCGACCUCACUUAGUGGGAGAAGGCUUUGUUGUUGUUGUUGUCUUCGUUGUAUGUAUAUUUUUGUAUGGAAUGGCACCGUGCACUUGUCUCCAUCUUGUGUACUUGCUUAUAGAAAUUUAGUUGUCAUUCUAGUUAAUGAAUUGCCGUCCGAUUGGGAAAAA